AUGACAACAGAGCCUCACUCUGUCGAAGGUCUUGAGAUGACAGAGCACAAGGAUUCUGAAGCUCAACCUAAACGCCCUCCGGCCUCGACUUCUGUGGCCGUUCACGAUGAGACGGCGUUGAAUCUGGAUGCCGCGCAGGAUGAGAAUGCCAUGUCCAGGUUUUUGGUGGCGAUUAGCUGUUUCCUCACUUAUCUUUUGUUCCCGAUCACUUUCUUCUUCUGCAUCAAAGUAAGUGGCUAGUUUAAUAUAUUUGAGUUUUGUUAGCGAAUAUUGUUUUCGCUUAUUUGAGACGACUUCUGAUCGAAUUUUAUAGAUUUAGCAUAGAGAAUUUCAGAUUGUCCAACAGUAUGAGCGAGCCGUAAUCUUCCGUCUUGGCCGUCUGAAGGAAGGUGGGGCCAAGGGUCCUGGUCUCUUUUUCAUCGUCCCAUGCAUCGAUACCUACGUAAAGGUUGAUCUCCGGGUCGUUUCUUUUUCGGUUCCUCCUCAAGAAGUAAGUGUUUUUUAUGUUUUAUAUGUAGUUUUGUGGUCACAAGUAAUAUUAAAUGCAGUUUUUAACAAGAGUAUUAUAUUUCAGAUCCUCUCCAAGGACUCCGUGACUGUCAACGUGGAUGCCGUCGUCUAUUUCCGUAUCUGCAACACCAUCGCAUCCAUUGUGAACAUCGAGAAUGCAAAUGGAUCGACCCGGUUGCUCGCUCAAACCACUCUCAGAAAUGUUUUGGGCACCAAAACUCUGUCCGAGAUGCUCAGUCAUCGUGAAGACAUCUCUUCGGAGAUGCAGAGAGUUCUGGAUGAGGCUACUGAGCAUUGGGGAGUGAAGGUUGAGAGGGUUGAGGUCAAGGAUAUUAGGCUUCCCCAUUCGAUGCAAAGAGCCAUGGCCGCUGAAGCCGAGGCCAAUAGAGAGGCCAAAGCCAAGGUGAUCGCUGCUGACGGCGAGAGAUUGGCUUCGGAGUCUUUGAGGACGGCUGCCACCGUUCUUUCCGAGACUCCAGCUGCUCUCCAAUUGAGAUAUCUGCAGACUUUGAACACUAUCAGGUGAGUGAUAUUUUGGAAGAUUUGUGAGAUCAUUUGACAUAAAUUUAAUUUUCAAUUUUCAGCGCUGAACACAACUCAACGAUCAUCUUCCCCUUGCCAAUGGAGCUCCUCGGUGGAUUUAUGAAUCGUUCUCAGCCCCAACCCACAGCUCAAUCCCCUCCCAGUUUCAUCCAGAAUCCUCCCCAUUAUGAGGCCUUGAAUCAACAAAGUGAGAAUUUACCGGGUGUCGAAUAUCGGUCGAUCCAUUCGCGCCAUGGGCGAGCGGCCGAUCCAGUCCGCCUAAACGAAGAAUUGUUUACGGCUGAUGCCUAAUUGGGCUGCAUUCUUCGCCGGUGCAUCAUACGAUUAGAAUUGCUUUUAGUCUACAUAUUUUGCUUAUUAUCCAGAGCUACCAAGUUUUAUUUUAACUUGUCCAUCCACACAUGGUAAAGUUUCGGAUUAGUUGAGAUAAUAUAGUGUAGUGCUGUCCUUGGUGGAUCCAUUGCUUCUUUCGCUUUCAAAGUACUAGUAUCUUCUAGAUGGCGGUUUGGCUUUUGUUUGGCUUUUAUUAUUUUCUGGUUAUCAUCUAUAAUGUAAUAAUAUUUGUUUUCAGGUUAA